AUGCACACUCCAGCCUCCAUGGUGAUGGGGAUUGUGUUUGCCCCAUUGGGAUUGGUCCUCGUCUUCACCGCUGCCAUCACCCCUCAGUGGAGGGAAGGGCAGGCACGGCUCGGCAUGACAGGGCCGGGAUCGUAUCCUCGUUCAGGGGUUAAAAGUCAAGGGACUGGGCUCAGAGCUGGGUCACUGGAGGCGCUACUCCUACUGCGCUCUGAUGGGCUUUGGGAGAGCUGCCUGCAAGUGGCUCAGUCUGAGCUCAAGCACUGUUGGCCUGUGGCGGGUUCAUACCAGAAAGACCCACGAGUUCGUCUUGUACAGGGCUUGGUGCUGAGCUCCCUGUUCCUUUGCGGCACUGGCAUUGUUCUGGCAAGUAUUGGAGUACGCUGUUGGACCGAUCUACCUCUACGAGGCAUAGCAGCAACUGGUGGUCUCUUGGUGGUGCUGGCCGGGCUGCUGAGCCUAACUGCCCUGGGGGUGUACACUCACAACCUUGGAAAACUAGGGAUGGAUCCAAGGCAAGGGAACACCAGCCCCAGGUUCCCUCACCUCAGCAUACGCCCAGCAGGAUCUCUCUACUUUGGAUGGCUGGGUUCAUGUAUACAGGUGCUUGGAGGUACUGCUCUGUUGAUUAGUUUCAAGCAGCCAAGAUGCCCAGCAUGCCCAGCCUGCCCAGAGCUGCCAGCUUGCCCUGUGUGCCAUUCCUGUCCAGAGAUAAGCAGUAAGCCAGAGACAGAGCUGUAUGAAGUCAGCUGUUAA